AAUCAAAACGACACUGUUUUGAUCAAAGAGAACAAAACAAAAGGAACGACUCGUCUUCUCCGGCUUACAACCUAACGGACCCAAAUUUAUAAACUAAAAUCCCUAAACCACGCUGACGGAGGAAGGGCGGACGCCAGCUCCGCCGCCGGACCAAUUUGCUUCAUAAAAGCAGGUUUGUUAAUCUCAAUGACAAUCUAGAGUUCUUGAAAGGUAUUAUACUUUUUUUUUCUAUUUAUAUCUUCUGAAUUAAGUCGAGGGAGCCAAAAUAAUAUGCUAAUGAAAAGAACUGAGAUGUCAGAAUAUUUACCUGAAGAAGUUAUAUUUCAAAUAUUGCUCAGAUUGCCUGUCAAGUCCCUUUUGAAAUUCACCUGUGUCUGCAAAUUGUGGAAUUCCAUCAUCAGAACUCCUCAUUUCAUCUCUAACCAAAUUCACACUACUUUCUCAUCAAACAAACAUCACCGUUUCAUUUUUCUGCUUCACUCUUAUAAAUUUAAGUACGAAUUCUCUAUGCAUUUCGACAAUAAAGAUUUCGAUCAAUACCUACCCGUCCAGCCACUCUUCAACCAAGCCGACGCUUGUGAUGUGGUUGGCUCCAGUAAUGGUCUUGUCUGCCUCUUUUAUGUCUACAAAAUGAAUAUCAACUUUAACGGCGGCAUAUGUAAAUUUGUUAUUUGGAACCCUUCCAUUAGAAAAUAUUUGCUCCUACCUGAAACUAGUUUUCCCCUUCUAGCCUCAAAUUACAUUUCGAAUCAAUCAAAAUUAUUGGGGUUUGGCUUUGAUUCACGAUUUAAUGAUUACAAAUUGUUUGUGGCUCAGUAUUCUACCUCUACUAUAGAUGUGGUUCUCUAUUCACUCAAUUCUAACACUUGGAAGAAAAUCGCUAAUGUUCCUCCCACCAGCUAUAGAAAUCACAUAUGUUGUACAUGCCGUUCAACUUUUGUUAAUGGUAAAUUUUAUUGGCAUCCUUAUGAGACAAGUAAGAAGUUGGUUUUGGUGUUUGAUUUAAGAGAUGAGAUGUUUGGAGAAAUAAUAUUGCCCGCUCAAUGUUUGGAAAAUCACCGCUGGAAUUUUCAAAUCAAAGCAUUUGGAGAAUCAUCCGUCGCAAUCAUUAUUCGAAAUAAUCUUUAUGAGAAUGAUAUAUGGGUGAUGAAAGAGUAUGACAGUGGUGAAUGGAUGAAGUUAGCUAGAGUUGGAAAACGCUGGAGAGGAUUUUCAAAUGUGCUCGAGUUUAGAGAUAAUGGUGAAAUAUUAGCUCAUUUUUGUAGAGGGCAACGCUUAGCCUCGUAUAAUUUAAAUGGACGGAUAAAGAAUCUACUGGCUUUGAGCGAAGAAAAGUAUGGAAGGCCUCCUUUUGCUUAUAGGCAUGUGGAGAGCCUAGCAUUACUUGACAAAGCGUGGUCAUGGAGUUUCUCAUGGACAAUUCUUAUUUCUGUGGCUAUUUGGAGAGGUUUUAAUUUCAAUUCUUUUUAGCGAUCUGGUGCAAUCCUUGGGCAUAUUGUGUUAUUGAGUUUGUCUCUCCUGCUGCUGCAUUUUCUCAUCGUCCUUGCUACAAAUUACCACUGCUUACAACUGAUGGUUCUGUAAGUACUUGAUAAUUAAUGAACUUUCCUUCAUUGAUUUUUCCUUUGGUUGCUUGAAGACUUAUGACUCGAUAGUCAGUUCCUUUUGAGAUGAACGAAUUGGGAAGUGCAGUUCUAGUGACAAUUAAUGCUGGUUUAGCAUUUGAAAUUAAUGAAUUCUGGUUUACUAUGUAGGCCGACCUACUGAUUAUAUUUGGAUUUGGGAGUAUCUUUGUAUUUAUGGGACUUGUAAGAGUGUGAAGGAGGUUCCUCCCAAUUCUUUAAUAAAAAUUGUUUGAUUCUAGCUUUAUAAAUAUAUCCAAAAUUAUUUGUUAUUUUUUUGACCUAUGCGGGUCUUGUAGGCAUAGCAUUGCUCUGUUUUAGAACGUAAUAUAUGGAUUGUCUCGGUUUGAUUCAAGAAUAAGAUAGAGCUGUAAGAAAUUGACCGUAACAAUGUUUAGCAUUUUGAGCAAAUUGUGCUAGUUGCACUUAGCUUCAUUGUAUAAUUGAGCCAUUUGUGUCUGAUCUUUGAUCAUACUUGUAUAUUGUCACCUUUUCUCUUGUUAAUCCUUAUCAUUUGAAAUGAUGAAUAUUUACGUUA